AUGGACAACCACCGAGAUGACCAGGCGGACUUCGGGCAUCCGCCUGCACAGGUGCGCCUCCUGAUUUGUGCGUGUUGGCGCACGCGCACCGUCGCCGCCCCGCCCUCGCUUCCUGUGCGUGCCCAGGUCGUCGCUGGCCGUCGUUCCCCCGUCUUGGCCUCUUGCGGGCGAGCAUUUCGGGGCCUGCGGGGCGGUACGCUGUCCUGGCCGGCCGGCCGCCCGCGGGAGCGGGCUGUGCGGGCGAGGGUUCGCGUGGGCCGGGCGGAGGCUGGAACUGUGACCUCCGAGCUCGAGCCGCGGAGCCCGCGUUUGGGCCGGAGUGGCCGGGCGGCCGGCGGCGGUGCAGUGCCCGACCAUGUGCAGCGCGGGGCCAAGCGAGGUCCCGGGAGGGACGUGGGCCCAGAGCCGGCUCCUCUGGCCCAGUGGUCUCGGGAGGCGGAGCGGAGGGACGCCGAGAGAGGAGCGCGCCCGAGGAGCAGCCCCCGGACCGGAGCCUCGGGAGCCCGGGGCUGGCCCGCCUCCACUGUCACAGUCCUGCACGUUGUUCCAAGAGCAGCGGAAAAUGAAUCAGCCUCUGGCCACCCAAACAGGAAACCCUGGAUGAGCGGAGGGUCAUCCCAGUGCCGUCGUCUGGCCACAUCAGGAAAACAGAGAGAAGCUCCAUAAUGACAAGGGCCGUCUCCAGGCUCCAUCCUAGAAACUGGAUCGCUCUCUGUGGAGCAGCUCAACACCAACAAGAUGACAGUGGCCUGAGAGCAUUUCCCACGAAAACGAUCUUUGUUCACAAUUUACAUACAUCACUCCAAAGGUCCUGCUCCCACCCACACCUGGCCACACCCACCUCCCCCACCUCCCUAACC